AUGGAACACCCCAACAUCAGCAGGUACCGCAGGGUGAAGUGCUUCUUUGCUGGGGACACUGGGGGAGGCAAAGUUCUCUGGCGGUGUCAGUGUGCGAGCGCAGAGCAGCGCGCCCAGCAGCAUCCCCAGCGAGGCGGCAGGCUCGCUGGCAGGAUGGCAUGGUGCUCGCUGGUGUUGCUUCCCUUCCUCCUGACAGCAGUUUCAGGCAACACAGCCCCCUUCUUCAAUCUGACCUUCGUCUAUGUGCCUGAGGACCUGCAGCUGGGCCAGCAUGCUUUCCAGCUGAAUGCUACUGAUGUAGAUGGGGACACGCUCACCUACAGCAUCAGCGAGGAGCAUGCUUUCUACUUCUCUGUUGAUCGCUGGACAGGCAAUGUGACACUGAGGAGCUCCCUGGACCGUGAGCUCCAGGCCAAGCUCGCCAUCACCGUUCACGUGUAUGAUGGGAUAAAUGAACCAAUCUCCAGAAAAGUCACAAUCAUCGUGGAGGACCGUAACGACAAUGCCCCAGUCUUCCAGAAACUGCCAUAUGAAGUGUCCAUCCCUGAGAACGCGACACUCGGCAGCAUCAUCUACACCGUGUUUGCCAAUGACAGUGACACUGGGAAUGCCUCUAAAGUCAGCUACAGCAUCGAGGAGGUGAUCCCAGAUGACACGAAGAAUCACUGGCUUUUCUACAUCCUGCCCAACGGGAGUGUGGUGCUCAACGGCUCGCUGAACUAUACCAAGAACACCUUCUAUCAGAUCAAGAUCCUUGCCAAGGACGGCGGAGGGAUACUGCAUAAUGAGUUGGUAUUCCAGCAGAGCUUUACCUACAUGUCCCUGACCAUCAUUGACCUGCCCAACCUGGACCCACGGUUCCUCAGUGAGACCUACUCUGGCUCUGUGCCUGAGAACUGUGCCCUGGGCACCACUGUGCUGACUGUCACCGCCGUGGACAGAGACACAGGGGUGAAUGACAGAAUCUUCUACAACAUAACCAACACCAGCAUCCCCUUUGCUAUCGAUACCAUCACGGGCACCAUCAGUGUGAGUAGCCCCCUGGACCGUGAGCAGCUGCCAAGCGAGGAAGUGCUGCUGGAAGUCACAGCACGUGAGGAGAAGCUGGACAUAAACAACAAAGUGGCACAGACCAGCACCCUGGUGACAAUCGUGGUGACCGAUGUCAAUGACAACAAGCCCCAGUUCUACAACUGCUCCCUUCCCAACUGCAACUUCUCCACCAGUGCCCAGAACAACUUCAGUGGCAACAUCAUAGAGCACUCCUCCUCCAGACUGCCUGUGUCCAACCUCAGCAUCGUCGCCCAUGACCCUGACAAGGGCAUCAACAGCAGCUAUGAGCUGUACCUGCAGGGUCCAAAUGCCAACUCCUUCACUGUCUUCCCCUCAAAAAUUGUGGGCACAGGGGAGGUCGAGCUCCUGGUACAAGACCCAGCUUCUGUGGACUACGAGCUAAGCCAUGUCAUGGUGGUGCAGAUCAUUGCUAAUGACACGGGGAACCCUAAGAACUGCUGCUCCAUGGCCACCGUGACCAUCAAUCUCAUUGAUAGCAAUGACCACAUCCCUGAGUUCCCCCAGAGCACCUACAACCUGAGAGUGGAGGAGAACAGCCCUGAUGGCACCAUCAUCACCCCAAACAUCACGGCCUAUGACCCGGACAGUGGUCUCCUGGGCCAGAUCACCUACCAGCUGCUCCCGGAGAGCAUCCGUAAUAUCUUCACGGUGAAUGCCAUGACCGGGGCCGUGCUGGUGCAGAAUGGGAGCUGGCUGGACCGGGAGACUCGCUCCAUCUACUAUGCCAACCUCCUGGCCAGCGAUGGGGGCAACCUGACAGGGACCACUGUGCUGGAGAUCACCGUGCUGGACGUCAAUGACAAUGCGCCCAUCAUCACCGGCUCCUACUUCAUCUCAGUUGAAGAGGGGAACAACGUGACAACACAGAUCCAGGCCAUCGACAAUGAUGAGCCUGGCAGCCCCAACAGCGAGUUGGGCUUCAAGAUAUUGCCAGGACCAUUCAGCAACAACUUCACCAUCAACGCCGCAACGGGUGAGAUGCAAAGCAAGGAGCCGCUGGACCGGGAGGCCUUGGAAGAUGAGCAGGGGCAGAUGGUGGUGACGGUGGAGGUGUAUGACCAUGGUGUGCCACAGCUCAAAACCUCAGUGAAUGUCACCAUCACCGUUGGGGAUGUGAACGACAAUGCACCUGUGUUCCUCAACCAAUCCUAUGAGUUCUCAGUCUUUGAAGACUCUCCAGGUGCUUCUGUGGGUAUGGUUCAGGCCACAGAUGCUGACCGGACAGAGAUCAAUUCCCGCAUUUCCUUCCUACUUCGGGGCACUGGCUCCAGCAACUUCUUGAUCCGCUCGUCUCAGCUGAAGCCAGGGCACUACAGCGGGCAGCUGACUGUGGACCCUGAUAUAUCCUUGGACUAUGACACCCUGCAGCAGAAGUUCUUCUCCUUGCUGGUGCUGGCGGAGAACACGGCAGCAGACAAAGUGGGGGACACUGCCACCGCCUCAGUGAUGGUCCACAUCCUAGAUGUCAAUGACGAGCCCCCCACGGUCCUGCCGUCCUCGCUGCAGGACGUGCACGUGAGCGAGAACGGCACACAGCUGGGCCUGGUCCAUGUGGUGAAAGCCUUCGACCUAGACACCAACAACUCACUGGUGUUUGAGGAGCUGGAUGUCACCUGCUUCAAGGGGACAAUCAGUGCUGGGGAGGUGUGCUGGGACUGGUUUCUGCUGGCACCCAAUGGCUCCGUGCUGGUCAACAGCUCAGAGGUUGACUAUGAGCUGUGUGACAGGGUGAUGCUCACCCUGCGGGUUGAAGACUUGUACACUGAGAAGGGCAACCGCUACAGCCAGAACGAAACUCUGAGGAUUCUCAUCACCGAUGUGAAUGACAAUGCACCAGUCUUCCUGCCCAUCUUGGAGACCUUUGUGGUUGUCCCUGAAAUCUCUCCUGUGGACCUGCAAGUGGCUGUUGUGAAGGCCACAGAUGCUGACACGGGGCGGGGCGGAACCAUCAUCUUCUCCAUUCUCAGUGUGGUGCUCGUGGAGGACAACGGUGCCAGCCGGCCCUUUGAGAACCUCUUCAAGGUGGUGACAACAGUAGAGGAGAACAGCUACGUCGGGAGCAUCCAGGUGGCCAGCAACCUCGAUGACUCGCUGAAGGGGCAGUACCAGGUGAUGGUGCAGGCUAAGGAUGAUGAGAAGCCAAACCACAAAGUACAGACUGUGCUGAAUAUCUUCGCAGUGGAUCAGAGCUACCGUGUUCGCCUCCAGUUUGUGACAACAGUGGAUGAAGUCCAGAGUAAUUCUGGAAAUAUCAAAACGGCUCUGACCACAGCAACCAAGGCAGCAGUCUAUGUGGUGGCCAUCCGGACCGUGGAGGACAGCCGUGCCUCCCAGGUGGAAGCCAAGUCGGUGAUGGAAGCGUACUUUGUCUACAGCAACGGCACUGCCCUGGAUGUCAAUCAGCUGAGCAUGCUCAUACAGUCGGAACCGCAGGUCCUGGCUGAGCUGGUGAAGCUGGGCCUGGCUGUCAUCGGCCCCGGGGAGGCAGAGAAGCCCUCCAGGGAGGCAGAGCUCAUCGGCAUCAUCGCAGGUCUGGCAGCAUUCCUGGUCCUCUUCAUCCUCAUCAUGACCCUCGUCUUGGUUCUAACCACUAGGAGCUACAAGAGGAAGCUGAGUGCAAUGAAGGCUCUGAAGGUGGCCACGACACUCAGCCCUGCCAUGGAGCAGCAGGGAGCUGGCAUCCCCGGGACCAACCAGUACAACGCAGAGGGGGCCAAUCCCAUGUUGAACCUCUCACUUGAUCCCUCCCAUGACCUGGGCUUCCAUGAGGACUCCGUCUCCAUAGCCAGCAUGAAUUCCCUGGAUGAAAACACAGUAAAUGUACCUGGGGACAACGACCUCAAAGCCCAACGAAGCAGAGAAGAGCCAAUGGACCACACAGACGAGGAGGUGCUGGUGGCCGCCCUGAACCUGAAGGAGCCCACCAAAAUAGCACACAUCAACAAUGCCUUCACCACCACGGACCUGUGA